UCAAGUGAAGUGAAGUUGUCUCCAACCCGAAGAGCCACAACAAUGGAGGGCACCAUCGUCCUGUACACAUUCCCGGAGAUCGGCCACGUCAUCUCCACGGUCGAGCUCGGCAAGCUUAUUCUCCACCGCCACGGCCACCAGUUCGCCAUCACUGUCCUGCUCACCAUUGGCUUCGGCGACUCCCCGAGCAUCACCUCCUACAUCGACACCAUCUCUCGCUCCCACCCUUCCAUCUCCUUCCGCCGCCUCCCUCCCGUCUCCGUUGACCCGGCCAACCCGCCUCGGAGCCACGAGGCCGUGGCUUUUGACUUCAUCCGCAAGAACUCCGACGGUCUCCUCCAGUCGCUACUGGACAUCUCUACUGCCUCCACUGUGAAAGUGCUCAUCAUUGACUUCUUCGGCACCUCCGCGGUGCCCAUAGCGAAGGCGCUGAACAUCCCCACGUACUACUUCCUCACCUCUGGCGCCUCUGCGCUCGCCGCAUUCCUUUAUUUACCAAGACUUUUCGAGCGCUCAACUAAGAGCUUCAAGGACCAGGCUGGGGUCGUCCUGGAUUUCCCGGGCCUUCCGUCUUUGAAGGCAACCCAGAUGCCAGAGCCGACCCUCGAUCGGGACGACCCGGCCUAUGGGGAGUUAUGCUAUUUCUGUGACCACCUGACCAAGGGGGACGGGAUUCUGGUAAACACGUUUGAAGCGCUCGAGCCGAAGGCAGUGGAGCUCAUCGCCAGUGGUGUGUGCGUCCCGGACGCGCCAACCCCACCGGUGUACUGCAUCGGACCCCUGAUCGGGGACGAGUCAUCACGUGCCAGCGACAGCAUUGUCAGCGGGCAGCAGGAUUGCCUGUCUUGGCUGGAGAAGCAACCGAUGAAGAGCGUGGUCUUCCUAUGCUUCGGAAGCCGAGGAAGGCUCUCGGCCGAGCAGAUCAAGGAACUGGCAGUCGGACUCGAAAAGGGCGGUCAUCGGUUCCUAUGGGUGGUGAAGAACCCGUCCAGCCACGAUGGUGGCAUCGGCGAUGUGGACUUGGAGGCGCUCAUGCCGGAGGGUUUCCUGGAGAGGACCAAGGAGAGGGGGAUGGUGGUGAGGUCAUGGGCGCCGCAAGUAGCGGUGCUGAGGAAGGAGGCCCUGGGGGGUUUCGUGACGCACUGCGGGUGGAACUCGGUGCUGGAGGCUGUGGCGGCGGGGGUAGCGCUGGUGGCGUGGCCGCUGUACGCGGAGCAGCACAUGAACAGGAACUUCCUGGUGCAGCACAUGGAGAUGGCGAUCGGGGUGGAGCAGCGGGACGGCGACGGGUUCGUCAGCGGGGACGAAGUGGCGAGGGCGGUGAGAGAGCUGAUGGAGUCGGAGCGAGGGAGAGAGCUGAGAGAGAAGAGCUGGGCGAUGAGAGAGAAGGCCGCGGAGGCUCUGGGAGACUCCGGAUCGUCCACGACGACUCUGGCCGAGUUGGCCCGGGCAUGGAGCCGCCUCCCGAAGCCAAUGAAUUCUAUCCAAUGUAAGUUGUGGGUGUCUGCUCUGGUUUGACAACGUUAAUGGGUGGUUGACGUUUCGUUUAUGUUCCUGCUUUCGGUAAUGUAUC